AUGCGGAUUCAGUUUUCUGGGCCUUCAAGCGCCCUCUGGAGGAACAGAUUGGCCUAACAGGAAACACUUACAUUUGCAGCCCAAUGAUUUUGGGAGACAAACGAAAAGCAUUUUGGGUAACUUUGAAAGAUGGCGGACGAUGCUGAGCAGCAACAAACCACCAACACUGUUGAAGAGCCUCUGGAUCUCAUCCGGUUGAGUCUGGAUGAGAGGAUCUAUGUGAAGAUGAGAAAUGACAGAGAGCUGCGCGGCAGACUGCACGCCUAUGACCAGCACUUAAACAUGAUCCUCGGUGAUGUUGAAGAGACCGUGACGACUGUGGAAAUCGAUGAGGAGACGUAUGAGGAGAUUUAUAAGUCAACGAAGCGGAACAUUCCCAUGCUGUUUGUCCGAGGGGAUGGAGUUGUGUUAGUAGCUCCACCGCUGAGGGUCGGAUAACUAACUUCCUUGCUUUGUACUCAACUUACCUACAGAAUUAUGCUUUGGACUCUAAAUUCUUCAAGUUUGUGGACUUUUAGGUGGAUGAUGUUUUUGUUUGGAACCACAGAGAUGUAAAUCUGUUUAUUUUGCAAGUCAACCUUUUGUUUUACGAUUUGGAAACCUGUAUUGGCAGUUAAUUUGUGCCGUAUGUUUUUUGACUCAUUAAAAUUCUUGAAGUUUGA